AAUAGUUCCUAUUAUAACUGAACCGAACCGAUUGUGAGCCUUAGUUUUCAUGCUUCUUUCUAACUGUGUCUAACUUAAAUUGUAUUUACAUUAGAUUUCAUAAUUGAGUUACUCGUUUCUGUCAUCUUUUUUUCAUCUUUUCUUCGAAUACGGUUUGAUGUGUAGUUUGUAGUUUUCAACCUGCACGACGAAUACCUAUGAGAUUUAUAUAUAUAUAUUUUUUUUAUGGGUGAGAUUUAUAUUUUUGAAAUGAUAAAAAACACAAGAUGAUAGAUAUCCAACAUUCCAACUCAACAAGUGAUUAGACCUUAAAACCACAAUCCUCAUCCCGUCAUCACUUUUCUUGUUCUGGAUACGCUAUCUCACAAACAAACAAACAAACAAAAACAACAGUUUCUUCCAUUGCUCAUUUUUUGUCCCCCUCCUCCUCUAUCCUUUUCCCCCUUUCUUUCUAUCACGCCGGCCAACUGCCAAUUAGCGAAACCUCUUUCAUUUUCCUUUUUUUUAUCUGCUAUAUUACCAUGGCUGCCGGAUGGGCAACCGGCCGCCAGAUGGGUUCCUUACCCUCUACCACUACUAUGAAAUCAGGAGGUGGUGGGAUGGAGUUGAUCCAGAACUGCGAUCUCCCUCCACCUUCUAAUCUCUUCCACGGCUCCGAUCACGAGCUCGUAGUUUCUUCCAUGCAUCGCGUUCUCGCAAUGAUGGGGCCGCGAGAACAAGUCGUCGUCGGCGGCGGCGGCGACAAGAAGUUGGAGCUCCUGAAAGCGGUCAGUUUGUCGCAGACGCGGGCCAGAGAAGCCGAGAAGAGAUCCGAGAGCCUGGGGAAGGAGAAGGAAUGCUUGUCCAAUGCCUUGUUGGGCCAGUCCUUGCAGCUGUCUGCGUAUCGGCGAUGGGCCAGGAUGCUGGAAGCCCAUGUUCUGAAGCUCGAAGCAGAGCUCAGAGAUGGCGCCAAGUCGUGUUCUUGUUCCAGGGACGAUGCAGGGGAGACAGAGACACUGCCGUGGUUAGUGUCCAUUGCUUUCUGUUUGGGCGCUGGAAUUGUGCUUGGCUUCACCACCUACUGGUUUUGAGUGAAAAUAUCUAGUGUCAAGAAUAUCGGCAGAGGAACAUCCAUAUCAUAUAUGCACAAUGAGAAGCUAUUUUGCAACUAGCUUUGCUCAACUGUACAUAGUUUUUCUUCAAUCAACCCUGAGAAUUCGC